AUGCCUUCCACCUACAAGAGAGACAAGCCGUGGGAUACGGAGGAUAUUGACAAAUGGAAGAUCGACCCAUUCAAGCCCGAUGACAAUGUUGCCGGAAGUUUUGCAGAAGAGUCGUCCUUUGCGACUCUGUUCCCCAAGUAUCGCGAGCAAUACUUGAAAGAGGCCUGGCCUGUUGUCACGAGAGCGCUGGAGAAACAUGGGAUUGCCUGUACGCUCGAUUUGGUUGAGGGUAGUAUGACGGUGAAAACCACUCGCAAGACCUAUGAUCCAGCAGCCAUCCUCAAGGGGCGCGAUCUGAUCAAGCUGCUAUCGAGAAGUGUGCCUGUGCAGCAGGCUCUGAAAAUCCUCGACGACGAGGUCGCAUGCGACAUCAUCAAGAUCCGCAGUCAGGUUCGCAACAAGGAACGAUUCGUGAAGCGUCGCCAACGACUUCUCGGCCCCUCCGGCUCUACCUUGAAGGCCCUCGAACUCCUUACCAGCACUUACAUCCUCGUUCAGGGUAACACUGUGGCGGCGAUGGGUCCCUACAAAGGCCUAAAGGAGGUGCGCCGAGUCAUCAACGACUGCAUGGCCAACAUCCAUCCGAUCUACCACAUCAAGGAGCUCAUGAUCAAGCGCGAACUCGCCAAGGAUCCCACUCUGGCCAACGAGUCUUGGGACCGGUUCCUACCCAACUUCAAGAAGCGCACGCUGUCGAAGCGCCGCACGCCGUUCAAGGUCACCGACAAGUCGAAGAAGGCGUACACUCCAUUCCCGCCGGCGCCGGAGAAGAGCAAGGUGGAUCUGCAGAUCGAGUCCGGCGAGUACUUCCUCUCCAAGGAGGCCAAGGAACGGGCGCAGAAGGAAGAGGUCAUGGAGCGGCAGCGGGUCAAGCGCGAGGAGAAGAUGCAGGAGCGGGCCAAGGCGUUUGUUCCUCCCGAGGAGCUGCAGGCCGAGAAGGAGAGGAAAGAAAAGAAAGAGAAGAAGAAGCGGAAGCGCGAGGCCGAGGCCGAGGCCGACGUCGAGGGUUCCGAGAAGAAAGAAAAGAGAAAGAAGAAGAAGAGCAAAUCGAAGGACGAUGCAUGA